CAUUGCUUCAAAAGCUAUAAGUAUUGAAAUCACGAAAGCCAUGGCGAAUCCAAGAAUCUAUUGUGCAAAUGAUAAAAUAUCCAAGACUCAAAUAGCUUCUUUAGUCGAAGAAUUUGAGGAUGUAAUGGAAAAUAUACGUGGAAAGUGUAUGGACAUCGGUUGUGGUCCUGGAGAUAUAACAAAAGAAAUUCUAUUACCGGCUAUUGGCUCAAAUGCACAAUUAAUUGGUACGGAUAUUUUGGAGAGCAUGAUCAAAUAUGCGAAUGAAACAUUUAGUGAAAAACGGUUGCAAUACGAGGUAUUGGAUAUUGUAAUCAAAAAUUUGCCUAAGAAAUAUAUUUCUGAAAGAUCGGAAGA